UGUGCGCCCGGCUGCCGGGUGUGCGGGGAGCUGGGGAGCGCGCCGCCGCGGCCGAGCCGAGGGUGAGCGGCGCCCCCGCCCUCCCGGCCAUGGCCUCCGCCCGGGGACGCCUGCCCCCCGCGCUCUGGGUCGUCACGGCCGCGGCGGCGGCAGCCACCUGCGUGUCCGCGGCGCGCGGCGAAGUGAACUUGCUGGACACGUCAACCAUCUAUGGGGACUGGGGCUGGCUCACGUAUCCGGCUCACGGGUGGGACUCCAUCAACGAGGUGGACGAGUCCUUCCGGCCCAUCCACACAUACCAGGUGUGCAACGUCAUGAGCCCCAACCAGAACAACUGGCUGCGCACCAGCUGGGUGCCCCGCGAUGGUGCCCGGCGCGUCUACGCCGAGAUCAAGUUCACCCUGCGCGACUGCAACAGCAUGCCCGGCGUGCUGGGCACCUGCAAGGAGACCUUCAACCUCUACUACCUGGAGUCGGACCGCGACCUGGGCGCCAGCACGCAGGAGAGCCAGUUCCUCAAGAUCGACACCAUCGCGGCCGACGAGAGCUUCACGGGCGCUGACCUGGGCGUGCGGCGCCUCAAGCUCAACACGGAGGUGCGCGGCGUGGGCCCGCUCAGCAAGCGCGGCUUCUACCUGGCCUUCCAGGACAUCGGGGCCUGCCUGGCCAUCCUGUCCCUCCGCAUCUACUACAAGAAGUGCCCCACCAUGGUGCGCAACCUGGCUGCCUUCUCGGAGGCGGUGACCGGGGCAGACUCUUCCUCGCUGGUGGAGGUGCGGGGCCAGUGCGUGCGGCACUCGGAGGAGCGGGACACGCCCAAGAUGUACUGCAGCGCCGAGGGCGAGUGGCUGGUGCCCAUCGGCAAGUGCGUGUGCAGCGCCGGCUACGAGGAGCGGCAGGAUGCCUGUGUGGCCUGUGAGCUGGGCUUCUACAAGUCGGCCCCUGGGGACCAGCUGUGUGCCCGCUGCCCUCCCCACAGCCACUCCACGGCCCCGGCCACCCAGGCCUGCCGCUGUGACCUCAGCUACUACCGCGCAGCGCUAGACCCGCCGUCUGCAGCCUGCACCCGGCCGCCCUCAGCACCAGUGAACCUCAUCUCCAGUGUGAAUGGGACCUCUGUGACCCUGGAGUGGGCCCCUCCACUGGACCCGGGCGGCCGCAGCGACAUCACCUACAACGCCGUGUGCCGCCGCUGCCCCUGGGCGCUGGGCCGCUGCGAGAAGUGCGGGAGCGGCACCCGCUUCGUGCCCCAGCAGACGAGCCUGGUGCAGGCCAGCCUGCUGGUGGCCAACCUGCUGGCCCACAUGAACUACUCCUUCUGGAUCGAGGCCGUCAACGGCGUGUCGGACCUGAGCCCCGAGCCCCGCCAGGCCGCCGUCGUCAACAUCACCACGAACCAGGCAGCCCCGUCCCAGGUGGUGGUGAUCCGCCAGGAGUGGGCCGGGCAGACCAGCGUCUCGCUGCUGUGGCAGGAGCCCGAGCAGCCCAACGGCAUCAUCCUGGAGUACGAGAUCAAGUACUACGAGAAGGACAAGGAGAUGCAGAGCUACUCCACCCUCAAGGCUGUCACCACCAGGGCCACGGUCUCGGGCCUGAAGCCGGGCACCCGCUACGUGUUCCAGGUCCGAGCCCGCACCUCGGCAGGCUGCGGCCGCUUCAGCCAGGCCGUGGAGGUGGAGACGGGGAAACCACGGCCCCGCUAUGACACCCGGACCAUCGUUUGGAUCUGCCUGACCCUCAUCACUGGCCUGGUCGUGCUUCUGCUCCUGCUGAUCUGCAAGAAGAGGCACUGCGGCUACAGCAAGGCCUUCCAGGACUCGGAUGAGGAGAAGAUGCAUUACCAGAACGGGCAGGCACCCCCGCCUGUCUUCCUGCCCCUGCACCACCCCCGGGGGAAGAUCCCGGAGCCCCAGUUCUAUGCAGAACCCCACACCUAUGAGGAGCCGGGCCGGGGGGCCCGCAGCUUCACCCGAGAGAUCGAGGCCUCCAGGAUCCACAUCGAGAAAAUCAUUGGCUCCGGGGAGUCGGGAGAAGUCUGCUACGGGCGGCUGCGGGUGCCGGGGCAGCAGGACAUGCCCGUGGCCAUCAAGGCCCUCAAAGCCGGCUACACAGAGAGGCAGCGGCGGGACUUCCUGAGUGAGGCGUCCAUCAUGGGUCAGUUUGACCACCCCAACAUCAUCCGCUUGGAAGGCGUCGUUACGCGCGGCCGCCUGGCAAUGAUCGUGACCGAGUACAUGGAGAACGGCUCUCUGGACGCCUUCCUGAGGACGCACGACGGGCAGUUCACCAUCAUGCAGCUGGUGGGCAUGCUCAGAGGGGUGGGCGCCGGCAUGCGCUACCUCUCCGGCCUGGGCUACGUCCACCGCGACCUGGCUGCCCGCAACGUCCUGGUGGAUGGCAACCUGGUCUGCAAGGUGUCCGACUUCGGGCUGUCGCGGGUGCUGGAGGACGACCCUGAUGCCGCCUACACCACCACGGGAGGGAAGAUCCCCAUCCGCUGGACAGCCCCCGAGGCCAUCGCCUUCCGGACCUUCUCCUCGGCCAGUGAUGUGUGGAGCUUUGGUGUGGUCAUGUGGGAGGUGCUGGCCUACGGGGAGAGGCCCUACUGGAACAUGACCAACCGGGAUGUCAUCAGUUCUGUGGAGGAGGGGUACCGCUUGCCAGCACCCAUGGGCUGCCCCCGGGCCCUGCACCAGCUCAUGCUUGACUGUUGGCACAAGGACCGGGCUCAGCGGCCUCGCUUUUCCCAGAUAGUCAGCAUCCUUGAUGCCCUGAUCCGCAACCCUGAGAGUCUCAGGACCACAGCCACGGUCAGCAGGUGCCCGGCCCCCGCCUUUGCCCGGAGCUGCUUUGACCUCCGCGGGGGCGGGGCUGGCAGCGGGGGCCUCACCGUGGGGGACUGGCUGGACUCCAUCAGAAUGGGCCGCUACCGGGACCAUUUUGCCGCUGGUGGUUACUCCUCGCUGGGCAUGGUGCUGCGAAUGAACGCCCAGGACGUGCGCGCCCUGGGCAUCACCCUUAUGGGCCACCAGAAGAAGAUCCUGGGCAGCAUCCAGACCAUGAGGGCCCAGCUGACCAGCACCCAGGGGCCCCGCCGGCACCUCUGACCAGACCACCGCGGCCCCAGGUCAUGCCAGCUGUCAGAAGACUCGCGGGGUUGGCCAGUGGUCAGGGUGGCCCCGGGCUUGUGCCCCUCUCCUUGGCUGCCUUCCUGCCAGGCACCAGUGAGGCCGAGGACUCCCCCACCGGAUCUGAGUCAUCGGGGUCAGGCCACCUGAAAGGGACCGUUGGUGCCAGCACAGCUGGGACGCCUGGCCCCAGGGCAGAGGGCCUUCUCUGUCCCAGACGCUGGAGCCUCAACGCCACUGAGCCCCACAGAGACGUCAAUCACCUGCCUCUGUGUGUGUGUACGCACACAUGUGCUCCUGUGCCGUAUGGGGUGUGUUGUUACAAGGUCAUGGACUGUGUGCAUGUGUGUCCACCUGCCAGGUCCCAGCAUGGAUGUGUGGCAGUUAGGGCACACAGGCUUCUUCACUGAGACUGGGAGCACGUGUACAUGUGACCGUGGGUGGCAGGUCAUGAAUGAGGUUGAGUGUCCCUGCCUGUGAGCAGGGAACUCGGUGUGACUGCCCACUGAAUGUGGAUCCAGGUCCCAGCAGCCACAGCGACUGGAGAGGGGCUCACACCCACCUCCCCCCAGGCCUGGAGGCCGGAGCCAGGGGCCACUUCUGAACCACACCAGCACCAGGCCCACCCUUGUCUCCCCCCAGGGGAUCCCACUCCCGGCUCUAUCUCAGGUCUGAGCCCUCCCUCUAGCUGGUGGGGAGCCACCUGCAGCCUCCACCUGGCUUCCUCCGCUGCUUCACCAGGAAAACAGGGUUCCCGGCCAGCCCCUCUGGCCACCUCUGUAUAGGCAUCACCGCAGGGUUGGUGAGAUGCCCUCAGCUGGACUUGGCUGCCUGGCCAGAGGCCACCAAGUUCCCUCUAGUCUCUGAUGCCCCUCCACAGCCCAGGGCUCCGCACUUGGCAGUCCCUCUGCCAACCUCAUUGCCCUCCAGCCCCUUGCCUGGAGUCAGGGACCAUCAGGGACCAAGUCCUCCGCUCCUGCACCGUCUGGGCAGACCAAGGGAGUGUGUCUUGUCCAAGUCACGCAGCGGCCAAGUUUGGAGCUGAGCCUCUUCCCAGGGCUCUUUCCCUUCACCAUCCCACGUGGACAGCUGUGGGUGGGAGGGGGUUUGGGCAGGGCCCCCAUUCAGAGAUUGACCCCCUCCCUUACGGCCCACCAGGGUAUGUAAAUAUCUUUUUCUACCAUGUCAGAAUAUUUUUUCCUCACUCCUGACAAUGCAAAAAUGGUCUUCAAAGCACAUAAGAGGCACCCAGGGUGAGAAGGCUGCACCCCAGGGGGAACUGACAGGGCCCAAGGAACCCCACGGGGCAGGAUGCUGGGAACCCCCUGCUGGCCCCAAGGGAGGGGCAGGCCUAGACCUCCCUGUGGCCAGCACAGCUAUUCCGCGGAAACACCAGCACUGAGCCCCCUCUCCCUCCUGCAAUAAUUUGGGGGGUCUCAGCCCGCCCAGGUGCCGCGGCCAGCUCUCUACACCUCUAUAUAUUACUAUAUAGCGAGCUGUUCUUCCUUCCUAUGGAAGUCGGAAACAUGGUCAGGAGAGGAUCUGGGGAGGACCUGUCUUCCUCCCGCCCCCACCCCACUCUGACCCAGCUCCUGGACUCUGGAUCCUCAUAGUCAGGGGGGACCCAGUGGGGCUGGCACUUGCAAAAGUGUGCCCCUGUCCCCGGCGUGAGGUGCCCUCCAGGGUCCCAGGGAUCCACUCUCUGUGGUCUCCAUCAUGAGUCUUGAACUUGCCCACAAUGAGAAUAAAUUCUGCCUCAUCUUUGA